UGUCUGUGCAGGGCGUUGAUUUUAGGAUGAGCCUUGGGCUGCAGCGAGGAAAAGAAAAAACAAAACAAAACAAAAAACCCCAAAAAACUAGGGCAGGUGGGAGCUGGUCUAGGGGUGACUGGGAGGCUGGAGAAGAGAGCCUGACACCCAGCCCUGGUGACUGCUGGAGGUGCUGGCCCCACCCCUCUUUUCUGGGGCAGUUCCUAGGUCCCACUGUCACUUCGAGGGAUUUAGAAAAAUGUCUGAUUUGUUUUAAAACAGAAAGAAGGGAAAUAAAAGCUUUUAAGUAUGUCACAAUACAAAAAAGGAUGCUAUAUUCUAUAUUCUUUAUCCCAACAGUAUUAAAUGAUAAUUUCUGUGGUAGCAGGGUUUCAGUAAAGAGAAAGCACCUGGGUCCUCAAGCAUCGCCCUCCUGGGACCUAGAAGAGACAGGAGGAGAGGAAUCUGGGUCCUAGUGCAGGGCAAUGGCGACACUCCCUGGGCAGCGCAAGGGUCACACUAAGGGUUGCAGGUCAGCCCAAGUCAGGGAGGCCGCAGAGGGAGGAGGCAAGCUGAAUUGGUGUUCAGAGAACCCAGGGCAGCAGGGCAAGGAGGAACCUGAAGCCUUGGGACACGUCCCUCAGCUUCGUACCUCGGGGUGGCUGCUGGUGGGUGCCACCCAGCUGACCUACCGGAUGCCAAGGCCACUGCGCCUGCGCAAGACCGCUCUGUUCACGUGGGACUCUUGACUUUCAUUCUGGACUGCAGGAUUCCAGCUCUGCCCCUGGUGUAUCCAUAAAGCCCUUUGCCAGAUAACUGUAGACUUCAGCUCCUCCUGAGUGAGAUAAAGCCGCUUUCGGCUUUCUUCCCAGCCAUACCUCCUCCCCCACCCCCCCACCCCCAGUUCUCUCUUCUACAGGAUGGCAACACCCAGCUUCUCAAUCUAUGUUUUUCUUCCCUUCUGAUACCUAUGGAGGCUCAGGGACGCUGCAAAACUCUCAGCUUCUUUCUGCUUUCCCCAUCCGAUUAGGGGUUGAGGGGAGACAUUAACACCACCAUCCUUACUUAGCCUUUAUGUUUCUAUGGGCACCCACUCCACUCCUGCCUCUAGGCCUGCAAACCUUUGGAACCAGCUAUUGCUUCUAUCCUGCAGCCCAACUCCCCAACACACACUCCCCCUCCCAACGCCCCCUGACUGCUUUCACCUACAGUCAGUUCUUGACACACUAGUUCAACCAAUGCAAAAUACCGAGCUCUCAGCCCUUCUAAAACAUGGAGUCUGUCUCCGUCCACUCCAGAUCUUACUGACUUAUCAUUAUUCCUUACGGGACCCUCAUACCUGGCUCAUUCCAGGCUUACGAUUUUUAAAAUACUAACCUAUGUUCACAAAAUUACCAACUGCUUCUCUAGUCUGUCAAAGACCACAGGCUGUUUUCAUUUUCUGUGCUCACUGGGUCUGGGAACCACACCGGAGACACAAAGUUUCACCCCCGACCCCUUAUCUUUCUCCACCCAACUGCAAAGCAGUUUUCAGCCAAGCUAUAAAAGAGAAGAUAUUCAUUCAUCCAGAAGGGAUAGGGAAGAUAAACUGAGCAAACUACACCUCCCCUUUAUAAGAAAACUCUUACCGAAGGCCCACACUGUUUGCAGAGAUAAGAGUGUCUUUAUUUUGCCUCUCUCGAUGGUUAGAUGUACUCAUGUGAUUGCAGUGUGUGAUCAUUUUGUAUGUGUAUAUGCAGCUGCUGCUUAUUUGUGCUCAUGAGAAAACAUUUUUAUCCAAAGUAGCGAGGCCACCAAAGCUUGUUUUCUAUAACCAUCCCACCUUCUUAAACCUUAUGAAACAGAAUGACAAUAUCAUCAUCUUCCUCAUCUUGUAAAACUUCUGAUGGAAGAGGAGUUUAUUGUAGAUAUGAGGGAGAGCAUAGCCAAAUGCAACAACAUCUGGGAGAGGCCAGAGUGGACAUUACCCUGAACCAUGUGAGGAGGGGGCAGGGAAGAGAGAGAGCAGAAGCCAGGUGAAGCAGCCAAGAGGGCAAAAGGUAGAAAAAGGGUGGGUAGACAAGAUGGCUGGAUAGUACAGGGAAGUUCCUCUGGGGAAGUGGGGGUGGUAUGCCAGGUGAGGACUAAAGGAUGCUGGGAACCCUGACAGCCAGGUCUGCGUUGAUGUGUUAAACAGGCAUUUAAGACUUACAACUUCUAUCCACAUCUUUAGUGUCCUCUACCUGGUGAAACUUUUCUUUAUGUAGAAGUCCUGUUACAUCCUCUGAACUUGACCCCUUCUGCCUUCCCUUUCUAGGAUUCUUUUUCUUUCUUUUUUUAAUUUUAUUUCUUUUUUAAAUUUUAUUUAUUUAUUUAUUUUUAUUAACUUGAGUAUUUCUUAUAUACAUUUCGAUUGUUGAGUGUUAUUCCCUUUCCCGGUUUCCGGGCAAACAUCCCCCUAAUCCCUCCCCCUCCCCUUCGUUAUGGGUGUUCCCCUCCCCAUCCUCCCCUCAUUGCCGCCCUCCCCCCAACAAUCAUGUUCACUGGGGGUCCAGUCUUGGCAGGACCCAGGGCUUCCCCUUCCACUGGUGCUCUUACUAGGAUAUUCAUUGCUACCUAUGAGGUCAGAGUCCAGGGUCAGUCCAUGUAUAGUCUUUAGGUAGUGGCUUAGUCCCUGGAUGCUCUGGUUGCUUGGCAUUGUUGUACAUAUGGGGUCUCGAGCCCCUUCAAGCUCUUCCAGUUCUUUCUCUGAUUCCUUCAACGGGGGUCCUAUUCUCAGUUCAGUGGUUUGCUGCUGGCAUUCGCCUCUGUAUUUGCUGUAUUCUGGCUGUGUCUCUCAGGAGCGAUCUACAUCCGGCUCCUGUCGGCCUGCACUUCUUUUCUUCAUCCAUCUUGUCUAAUUGGAUGGCUGUAUAUGCAUGGGCCACAUGUGGGGCAGGCUCUGAAUGGGUGUUCCUUCUGUGUCUGUUUUAAUCUUUGCCUCUCUAUUCCCUGCCAAGGGUAUUCUUGUUCCCCUUUUAAAGAAGGAGUGAAGCAUUCACAUUUUGAUCAUCCGUCUUGAGUUUCAUGUGUUCUAGGCAUCUAGGGUAAUUCAAGCAUUUGGGCUAAUAGCCACUUAUCAAUGAGUGCAUACCAUGUGUGUUUUUCUGUGAUUGGGUUAGCUCACUCAGGAUAUUUUCCAGUUCCAACCAUUUGCCUACGAAUUUCAUAAAGUCAUUGCUUUUGAUAGCUGAGUAAUAUUCCAUUGUGUAGAUGUACCACAUUUUCUGUAUCCAUUCCUCUGUUGAAGGGCAUCUGGGUUCUUUCCAGCUUCUGGCUAUUAUAAAUAAGGCUGCGAUGAACAUAGUGGAGCACGUGUCUUUGUUAUAUGUUGGGGCAUCUUUUGGGUAUAUGCCCAAGAGAGGUAUAGCUGGAUCCUCAGGCAGUUCAAUGUCCAAUUUUCUGAGGAACCUCCAGACUGAUUUCCAGAAUGGUUGUACCAGUCUGCAAUCCCACCAACAAUGGAGGAGUGUUCCUCUUUCUCCGCAUAGGAUUCUUUUUCUUAUUUCUCUGUGUAGCCCUUGCCAUUUUAUUCUGUAGACCAAGUUGAUCUUGAACUCUGGAAUCUGCCUGCCUCUGUCUCCUGAGUACUGGUAUUAAAGGAGUCAUAAGCACUCAUUUUCUUUACAGUCAGGCGUGAGAUAAGCCCAAACACCACCAUCCCAGUUGUGAUGGCUAUUCCCAGUUGUCAACUUGACUACAUUUGGAAAGAGCUGCAAACCAGAAAUGGAGGGCACACCUGUGCUCCAGAUUUUGAGGCCGAAAGACACAGGCUUUUGAUCCAGAUGGAGAGGCAUAGUGACUAUGACAAGCUUGGGCCCAGGCAAGGUGGUAUAUGUCUUUAACUCCAGGAGACAGAGGCAAGUAGAUUUAUGAGUUUAAGGCCAGCCUGCCACAGAGCAAGUUCCAAGAAUAGUUUAAGUCUAGGCGUGGUAGAUACACACUUUUAAUCUGGUGCACACCUUUGCAACAUAAGGGCAAUGGAAGAAGGAAGGUUUCUUGUUUGCCUACUGGCACUUACUUGCUAGCACAUCUGUUCUUCUUCAGAAUUCUAGCUCAUACCGAUGACCAGCUGGAAUGCCCAGCCUUGUAGGACUGAGCAACUGCUAGAGUCUUGUACUUCCCACUCACAGCUACUCUUUGUUGGGUUAGUUGGACUCCAGACUGUAAUAAUUUCCCUUACUGUAUAGAGACAUUCCAUAAGUCCUGUGACUCUAUGAACCCUGACUAAUGAACCACUGAUGGGCACCUUUAAAGUUGGAUCUCUGGAUCUUCUUCGUGAAAAUGGGUUAUAUCUAUUAUCUCAAUAGCUGCUCUAAUCUUGGGCCUUGUGUGUUAAACUGAUGUCUCUGUAUAUAUGUCUUGGUAGGUGUGUAUACAUGAGGGGCUGAGGGGGUGGGUAGACAGCAUCCAACUUCUUGGAGCUGGCGUUACAGGUGGUUGUAAACCACCUAGUGAAAGUGCUGGGAUCUGAACUCUGGUUCUCUGCAAAAGCAUCGAAUGCUCUUAAUCACUGAACGUCUCUUCAGCCCCCAGCUGCCUUAAUUCGUAUCUGUUUGCAUUUUCUAUUGCAUAGCUGGCCCUGCCACAGUUUAACUUCAUCUGCUUCAGCAUCCUGGUUAGCUGCAGCUGUCAUCUUGAGUUAUCUGAGGCAAUCUCAGUUGGGGGAUGGCAAGAUCAGAUUGGCCUGUGACCACCUCAGUGACCAAUUCUGUUGACUGAUUACGUGGAAGGGCUCAGACCAUGGUGGGCGGCACCAUACCUAUGUAGGUGGACCAUGAGGAAGUGAGUGAGCCACUGAGUGGCAUUUCUUUAUGGUUCUCGCAUCCAAGUUCUUGUGUGAGUCUCUGCCUGACUUCCCUCAAAAGCAGAUUAUAACCUAGAUGUAUAAGAUGAAAUAAAUCCUUCCCUCCCCAAGUUUCUUGUGGUGAUGGUGCUUCUCACACAACAGAAAGCAAACUAGGAUACCUCAGUUACCUUCAAUACCUGAAAGCAAGCAACAAUAGAUACCCAAACCCUUCAUUUUAAAAAAUUAUAUUUAAAUGUUUUUGAGAAUUUCACAUGUGAUACUUUGUAUUAUCUUCAACUCCCUCUCUCCUUGCUCCAACCCCUCCAGGGUUAGCACUCCCUAUAAAGUUCAUGAGCUCUCCUGUAAUUAUUGUUGUACACCUGGCCACAUAUUUAUAUGUGAAUACAUUCUGCUGAGUCCAUUUCGUGUUGCUUGUAUGUGUAUGUGCUUGGGGUUGACCACUUGGGACUGGAUGACCUAUCAGUGGUUUGACCCAGUAGAAGACCCACUCUCCUUUCAGCAGACAUUAGUUGUUUCUAAUUCUCCAUGUACUCGUAGGGGCUUGUGAGAGUUUUCUGCUGCACCCACACUGCAGUGCCAGCUUGUGUUGCCAGUGUGUAGGUAUGGCUUAGGUGAUUCUAAUUUUGAGAUAUUUUUUAAAAUAAAUAUAGCUUCCCUCUCAUUUCCUGAAGACAAAAAUCUCACAGCAGACUUCCUGAUCUUCUGGCUUUUACAGUCUUUCCAUUCUUUCUUCCAUGAUGUUCCCUGAGCCUUUGGGUGUUGGGGUUGUUUUAUAGGUGUGCCAACUGUGGAUGAGCAUGGCAUGGUUGAUUAGUCUCUGCAUUUUGACGAGCUUCACAUUUCCGUAAUGGUGCCUGUCGUAGUCAUUGUCCUAUUGUGUGAAGAGACGCCAUGAUCGAGGCAAUUUUUAUGAAACUAUUUAACUGGGGCUUGCCUAUGAGACAGUGAGGUGGAUUUCAGAUACAGCUGAACAGAAACAGGUAUGAACUUCACUGAUAUUGGACCUACUCCUGGAUAUCUGUUUCCUUUCUUAAAUUUAACUUAUUUUAGAAAGUGGGUUAUAUAGGGAUAGUAUUAAAGCCAACUUAACUUCAAAGUUAAGUUGCGUUCAUAGUUUAGGUCUUUCCGCUUUGUGUGUGUGUGUGUGUGUGUGUGUGUGUGUGUGUGUAUGUGUGUGUGUGUGUGUAUUUUUCUAUUUCUGUCAAUUUAAUACUUAGCUGGAAACUAACUUAGACAAACAUUUAAUUGUUUCAUAGGUCAUAUAAAAGCUGCACAUCACUAUAUACAUAUAUUUAAAUGUUCUUUGCUGUUAAACUGCUCAAUAAAAUGUAAUUUCUAUUGAUAUUACCUUAUAUUAUUAUUUAUUCUAUAAUUAUAUAUUCUAUAAUUAUAUAUUCUAAUAGUAUAUAUUAUUAGAAUUAUGUAGUCAUUAGUUUUUAUUGGAUUUUUAAAUUUACAUUUCAAAUGUUAUCCCCUUUCCUGGUUUCCCAUCCAUAACCCCUCAUCCUCUUCCCCCUCCCCCUUCUUCUGUAAUGGUGUUCCCCUUCCCAACCACCCACCCCUUCCUGCCUCCCUGUCCUGACAUUCUCCUACACCUGGGGGUCCAGCUUUGGCAGGACCAAGGACUUCUCCCAUUGGUGCCCAACAAGGCCAUCCUCUGCUACAUAUGCAGCUGGAGCCAUGGGUCUGUUCAUGUGUACUCUUUGGGUGGUAGUUUAGUCCCUAGGAACUCUGGUUGGUUGGUAUCAUUCUUAUGGGGUUGCAAGCCCCUUCAGCUCCUUCAGUCCUUUCUCUUAACUCCUCCGAUGGGGACCCUGUUCUCAGUGCAAUGGGUGGCUGCUAGCAUUUGCCUCCGUAUUUGUCAUGCUUUGGCAGAGCCUCUUAGGAGACAGCUAUAUCAGGCUCCUGUCAACAUGCACUUCUUGGCAUCACCAAUAUUGCCUGGGUUUGAUGGCUGUACAUACGUACACACACACACACACACACACACACACACACACACACACACACACACACACACACAUAUGGACUGGGUAGAUAUGCAUUUGAGACCACGUUUCACUAUGUAACCAUGGCUAGUCUGGAAGUCACCAUGUAGAACCACACUGACCUUAACCUUAUAGAGCUCUUCCUGAGUCUACCUUUGUCUUUAAUUGCUAGGAUUAAAGGUGUGUGUUAUUACAUUAACUUAAAAUAAGUUAAAUUUAAGAAAGAAAACAGAUAUCCAGGAGUAGGUCCAAUAUCAGUGAAGUUCAUACCUGCUUCUGUUCAACUGUAUCUGAAAUCCACCUCACUGUCUCAUAAGCCCCAGUUAAAUAGUUUCAUAAAAAUUUCCUCGAUCAUGGUGUCUCUUCACACAAUAGGACAAUGACUAUGACAGGCACCAUUACAGAAAUGUGUAACUAGUCAAAAUCCAGUUACAAAAUGAAAAUUUUUAGUAUUUUGAAUUAUGCCCUAAUGAAUAUUAUACCUAAAUAUUUGUUAAUAUUUUGAUUAUUUUCUUUUUUUUUUUUGGUUCUUUUUUUCGGAGCUGGGGACCGAACCCAGGGCCUUGCGCUUCCUAGGCAAGCGCUCUACCACUGAGCUAAAUCCCCAACCCCUUGAUUAUUUUCUUAAGGCAUGCUUGUAUAUGAGGAAUUUAAAGCUUACGAUAUUAACUCUCUAGGUAAUUUUGGUACUAACAAGGCUGCUAUGAACAAAGUGGAGCAUGUGUCCUUGUAAUAUAUUGGAGCAUCUUUUGGGUAUAUGCCCAGGAGUAGUAUACUGGGUCCUCAGGUAGUACUACGUCCACUUUUGUGAGGAACCUCCAGACUGAUUUUCAGAGAGGUUGUACCAGCUUGCAAUCCCACCAACAAUGGAGGAGUGUUCCUCUUUCUCCACGUUCUCUCCAGCAUCUGCUGUCACCUGAGUGUUUGAUCUUAGCCAUUCUUACUGGUUCGAGGUGGAAUCUCAGAGUUGUUUUGAUUUGCAUUUCACUGACGACUAAGGAUGUUGAACAUUUCUUUAGGUGCUUCUCGGCCAUUCAACAUUCCUCAGUUGAGAAUCCUUUGUUAAGCUUUGUACCCCACAUUUUAAAAGCUGGAAACAACAUAGAUGUCCUUCAGCAGAGGAAUGGAUAUAGAAAAUGUGGUACAUUUAAACAUUGGAGUACCAAGAUACAAUUCACAGACCACAUGAGGCUUAAGAAGGACAACCAAAGUGUGGAUGCUUCAGUCCUUCUUAGAAGGGGGAACAAAAUACUCACGGGAAGAAAUGUGGAGACAAAGUGUAGAGCAGAGACUGAAGGAAAGGUCAUCCAGAGACUGCCCCACCUGGGGAUCCAUCCCACAUACAGACACCAAAUCAAGACAAUAUUGUGGAUGCCAAGAAGUGCAUGCUGACAGGAGCCUGAUAUAGCUGUUUCCUGAGCCACUCUGCCAGAGCAUGACAAAUACAGAGGCAGAUGCUUGCAGCUAAUCAUUGAACUGAGAACAGGGUUACCAAUGGAUGAGUUGGAGAAGGGACUGAAGGAACUGAAGGGAUUUGCAACCGUAUAAGAACAACAAUAUCAACUAACCAGACCCUCCAGAGCUCCUAGGAACUAAACCACAAUCCCAAGAGUAUAGAGGUAUGGACCUAUGGCUCCAGCCACAUACAUAGCAGAGGAUGGCCUUGUCAGGCAUCAAUGGGAGGAGAGACCCUUGGUCCUGUCAAGACUACAUGCCCCAGUGUAGGGGAAUGUCAAGGUGGGGAGGUGGAAGGGAGUGGGUGAGUGUGUCAGGGAGCCCCCUCAUAAAAGUAGGGGGAGAUAACAGGUUUCUGUAGGGGAAACUGGGAAAGGGGAUAACAUUUGAAAUGUAAAUAAAAAAAUAUCCAAAAGAGAGAGAGAGAGAAAAAAGAUAUUCUCAUGGUUUGUUUCUAUCAAUAGUUGUAUGAGAGUCAUUGUCAUUGCAUCAUUGGUGGCAAAAAAAAGUUACUUCUCUUAAAAAAAACAAAAACAAAAACAAAAACAAAACUUUUGGGGCUAGAGAGAUGGCUCAGUGGUUAAGAGCACUGACUGUUCUUCCAGAGGUUCUGAGUUCAAUUCCCAGCAACCACAUGGUGGCUCACAGCCACUUAUAAUGGGAUCCAAUACCCUCUUACAUCUGAAGAUGGCAGCACUGUACUCAUAUACAUAAAACAAAUAAAUCUAAAAAAAAAACUUUUCUCAGUCAAAAUAUAAAUAGAUUCUCACAAUGAUUUCUUGAGAUUUCUAGUGAGUUUCAAGCUUUUUAAAUGUAAACCUGAUUUUGUUUUUCUCAAGUGAAUUAAUAUUUUGGUGCUCAACUUGUUUGCGAAGUUAAGUUCUGUACUUAAAAUGAGCUGAAGCGAGCCUUUCCUUUCUGGAGUUGCUUUCUGACAGGCAUUGGUUAUAGCAAUGAAUGAAGUAACUUUUGGAGUGCCAGCACAUCCGUGAAUCCUCCCGUUGCAGACAUGUCACACCCAGCACGUUCACCAGAAGGUGAGUCCUUCCAAACCCAUUUCCUGACAAUCAUAAAUCAGACUUGUUCAACUGGUUUUCUUUAUAAAGAGAGAGGUGCACUGUUUCCUAAGAAUCCUCCCUCUUCUGAGCCAGGAGAGCCUUCCAGGCUCACCUGCAAAUGCUCUCUGAUGCAGAUCCAUACUCUUUUGGAUGGUGGAUUUGAACACAAGUUCUGAGCCCAGAGCUAAGUUCCUGGAGAAAAGAGUGCAUCCCUGUGCUUACCUGGUCAGAACACUGCAUUGAAAAUUGUCUUGGACCUGCUGAAAGGAGAGAAACAUAGUGAAGAGAAUCACGUUGAUUUGGUCCUGGAGUUCGUACAAGUUAUAUUAGAUUAAAAGGUCCAAGGACUAAGGAGUCACAUUCAAUUGUACUUUCUCUAGAGAGAAAAACCGGCUUCCACCUGAGCUCUCUCUGGUAGACAGCAUUGUUGUACUCUCUGGGUCUUGGAAAGAUUGAGAUAAUUCAGCAACAUGCUCUACACAUUUGACCAGGUUAGCAAGGAUGUGGUCAAAAAGCUUCAAGGAAAAGAUCUGAGGCCAGUCAGAUGCCUGUCAGAUGCAACCAAAUUCCGCCAGUUUGACAUACUUCAGAAGACUCCGCAGUCAUUGUUCUUUAAAUCUGAAGAUACUCCGGUCGGAUAUUCCCUUCUGCAGAUCUUGGAGCCCAAUUUUCCCGUCCCAGAGACUGAAGUGUCAGCUCCCAUGCCCCUCAAACACAUCACGUCCCAGAAAUGGAAGGCUGAUGUGGACGUCAAAGCCACCAUUGCAGACGGAGGUGCAUCGGCAGAGUUUGUUCAGUCCUGUGGAUAUGACAUCGAGGUUCAGAGUAGGAGCAUCCCGGAUUCGAAACUGGAAAGUCUCCAAAACAGGAAACUCUUGGAUAAGAAGCUGUCAUUUGUGACAGAUUGCCAGAUGGGAAGGAACAACUUGUAUGUGGUGACAGAGGUCUUUGAAGUGACCAAGGAUACCGUGGUGCAAGGCAGCAGCAGUAUUGACCUUUCAGGCAAAGCGCUCGUCUCCCAGUUGGUCAAGGGUGAAGCCCAGGGACAGUGGCAAAGGGAAACAACAGAUUUAGUACCUAUCCCAAAGGGUGCAGUGUUGGCCUACAAGAAGAAGCAAUUGGUCAUUGAGAAUAACACUUGUGCCAUUCUCCUUUCUGCUAAUGCUAAGAAGAAGACCUUUCCAGGAAUAUUUAAUUUCGGAAUGUCGUCACGUAGUCAAACCAUGGAGAUAGUGCCAUAUUCAGCAAACGGACUAGGCUCGUGGAUAGAUUACAUCCCUCCAAUUGGACGUAUAGAGGAGCCCGUCCAUCUAGAUUUCAAGUACCUAGAAAAGGAAGUUUUCCUACGCAAAGAGCAGCUGGCUAUGCUCUCAAAGGAUGUUCAAGAUGUUGUGUUCUCCAAUCUCCUGCCCAUGCUCAGUGACAGUGAUGUUCUGUUUGACCUGAUAAACAUGCUGGAGUUGGAUCAGUUGGGGCACAUGGAUGGCCCAGCUGGCUUAAUCCUAGAUGAGCUGAGAAAGAACUCAAGCACCCCAUGGAUUGACCUAAAGGGACUCAUUCUUUAUCUCCUUCAAGCCCUAAUGGUGCUGAGUGAUACCCAACUCGAUCUGCUGGCCCAGUCUAUGGAGAUGCGGAUCCUCCUGCAGCAAAGAGAGCUGGUAAGGAGCAUCCUAGAGCCAAACUUCAAGUAUCCCUGGAACAUUCCCUUCACACUCCAGCCUCAGCUUCUCGCCCCACUCCAGGGUGAGGGCUUGGCCAUUACUUACGAAUUGCUGAAGGGGUGUGGUCUGAAGAUGGAGCCGAAUAGUCCCAGGUCAACUUGGGAUUUGGAAGCCAAGAUGCCCCUGUCGGCUCUUUACGGGAUCCUGUCAUGUUUACAGCAACUGGUGGAAGCCUAAAUCUUCCUCCGAGCCCGGCCUCAGUCCUAGAUACAUUGGAGAUACUGCACUAUCAGCAUUCACAAGAGUGGUGAUUUCAGUGCAUGCUUUAGGCUGGUGGGAAUAAAGAUGCAAUGUUUUUUUUUUCUUUUUUAAAGUACUAUUCAUUCACAAUUAUAUAAAUAAUAUACUCAAGUCAGAUUCCACCUUCCCCCAAUGUCUCUUUUAAUCCAACCCUUCAAAUCCCUUCUUCCCAACAAUUUCUCAUUCAACAUUUUUGUUUGAUGCUUUGCUGCAUUUAAUUAGGGUUGUUUGCAUGAGUGUGGGAUUAUUAACCUUCCAGAGGCUACCUCCCCCCACCCCAGCAGCAUUAACAGGCUAUGGUGUUUUAGGGAGGGUAGGGCCUUACAGGCCCCUUCUUCAUCCAUGUGGAAUGUUGGUGGGCUCAGGCUUGCUUGGUCUUGUGCCACUUUGAGUUUAUGGGUUUAAUAACUGUGCUAUAUCCGUGUCUACGAAAAAGAAUGAAGUUAUCUGUCAAAACUUCUCAAAUAGUAUGCUAAAGAUUUAGACAUUUUCCUAUAUAUAAAAGAAUACAAAUGUUACAUUUACUUAAUUGUGUGCGUUUUGAGUUGUUCUGGGUGUCAAUAACUUUAAAAGGCAUCAGAAAUAAAUUGGGGGAUAUUUUAAGUA